AUGCUCGAGUCCCGCUUCACGAUGUGCCUUGAUCUCAUGACCGGUUUGGGGACAGGCCGAUCGAGAAUGGGGCGUGUUCAGGCAGUUGUAGAAUCGCCAUUUUGGAUUUGGGUGAAUGAGGCCAAAAGUCGACUCUUUCGAGGUGUCCCCUGCAAAAGUGAUUGCCAGCCUGUCGACUGUGGGAGUUCACCUGUGCCCUCAUUCAUACUUUUGUGUGUUUGUGUGUGUGUGUGUGAAUAA